AUGGCUACAGAAGAUACGGAGAUGGGUGGGACUUCUGUUGUGCCUCUGUAUGAAGAUACUUAUCGAUGGUUUGGCUUUCCACCAUUGCUACCAUCACCAUCUUCAUCUAUAUCAGAGGUUGCCAUAGAUACAAAUAAGGAUCCUUCUUUGGACGAAACUUCAAGCGCCUCAGUUCCAUUUGAAUCCACAGAAUUACUCGCAGAUCCGCUAAUCUGGAAAAAUACGAAGAAGGAAACGAACGGUGACAAGACUCCUCCUAGCUCUAUCAUGCAUCUCUUGACCUUGACAACAAUACCUCAACACACGGGAGUUUCUGCGACCAAUCACAGCAAUAUUUCAGGACUUCCAACUGCACCUUCUCAGUCCAUUUCUCCAGCUCCCGUUCUAGGAGUCGAAUCGCGGAAGAGUGUUCCUGAGAACAAAUACCCGAAUGGAAAUGUGACAUCUGAAUAUGAUAAGUUGAGUGCGAUUAUUGAUAGAAAUCAUGCAGUUCUUUCAACAUUACAGCCGUCUUCGUCUCUGCCCUCGCCAAUUACGAGCGGUGGUUCAAGUACGAACACGAUUAGUUCCAAGGACCAAUAUCUCGGCCCAUUGACAAUAUCUGGCCGCCCGGGUUUAUUUGCGACCUUGCGUAAGAAAUCUGCAAAUAUCACAGGAUCCUCUUCCUUUCCGCAAACUGAACAACUUGGCUUGACUUUUGAUACAGAUAUCACCACAUGCAAAUCACUCGAAGCAUCAAAGGCAUGGAAAGUAACGAGAGUAUGUGAACUGUUGCUCAGGGCUGUUGCAAACAUCGAACCUGGUAAUGUUGAAGGUCAUGUCGAAAUUCUCAACUUCUAUUUACAAGAGUAUCCUUUGCAACGCUUGGUAAUUUUAAAGGCUCUUGAAAACGCUGGGCACUAUUUUCGCAAAUUUUCCAAAGCUAUGUCUGCCCAUUCAAGUAAGUCAUACAGAGAGCAGUGUAUGCUAAGCGAUGUUUUCAAAAAAGAGAACCCGAUACCUCCAAUCAUACGUCCUCUGCUACCCUUCGCAUCUAUAGCAGCCAGCUACGUUAGAAAUACUAAGUCUGCUCGUCGAGGGGGAACAUCAUCACUGCACACCUAUCAAUACCAUUACCACAACGAAUUUAAAUGCGAAAUCAAGCAUGAAAAUGAAAGUUUCCCGUUGGGUUUCAAUCCAAUUUUGAUGCACACUCUCGGAAAGUGUAGCAGACACCGUCUUCGAAACGAGAGGCAUGAGAGACAUAAGAUACACAAGAAGCAGUUCAAGAAGGGAUUGACGCAUGUGCAUAGGAAUCCUAUCUUGUCCGAAGAAAUCGUCAAGGAAUGUGGAGGAGAAACUUAUGCAGAGCUGGAAGGCAGAGUCGAGAUGGAUGAUAUGAGAAAUGCUGCAUAUUGGGAGAUGACCACUCGACAAAUUGAGGAGAUGCCUACUCGGAAAGAUAGACAUUCCGUUUUCAAGAAACGUCCGUCUCCAUUGAAGGGGGAAUUGCCAAAAUUAGACGAUCAUUGGAUUCCUGACUCUGUGAUGCCAUAUACGAAGAUAUCUGGACAAAUAAUCAAAUUCGAAUCGGAAAUCGUGCGAGCCAGCAAGCGCAAUCAGGAUACUGAUAAUGAGGCAGAGGAAGAGGAAAGAAAAUUUCAUGAAUCUCGAUGCAAAGCUAGAAAGCUCGAUUCUAAGGAAUCGGAUGCUCGGAUGGCUCAAUGGGAGAGAGAAUACAAUGCAGCGAAAAAACAGGUUCGGAAGGAAUACGAGGAAGAGAUGAAAAAAGAAGAAGAAGAAACGCGAAAAACAACCGAAGAAAAGGAAGCUGAAGAGGAACGGGAACGGCUGUGGGAAGCGCAAGAGAAGAAAACCAGGGAGAAGGAGAUUCAGGGAAAGGGAAAGAAUGAGCGAUUGCGUACGGAGCGAGAGAGUGCAAAGGACCGUGCGAAGGAGGGACGGAGAGAACGCUUGAAUUGGGACAAUAGGGAGAGGUCUGACUGUCGUGUUACACAAGCAUGGAUGGAUCUGGGUGCUGAUAUGGCUCGUGUGGGGAGUUGGGAUUGA